CGCCUAAUUAUCUUCGCCGAACCCCAACCCACCCCAAUCCCAACAUCCUCAUAAAGAGGCCUUCCUCCGCUCGCUCCAUCCAUGGAUGCAAUACCGCUCCUCCUCUCUCCUCCCCCCCUCGGCCGUUAACCCAUUACGUCGCCCGCCCCGCCCCGCCCCGCAGGCACCCGUCGGCUAGAGGAAGAAACACCAGGAGGAGGAGUAGGGUUCGCCUGACGCUAUGCGCGUCAUAGUCCCGCUCCAGGCUGUGGUGCAGGGGAGAGGUGGCCUCGUCCUCGGCUCCCUCAUCCCCUGCGCCCUCUUCUACUUCCUCCAGCUCUACAUCCGCCGCGACCGCCGCUCCUCCUCCGCCUCCAACCUGCCCGAGCUCGCUCCCAUGCCUCGUUCGCUCUCUAGGAGCCUCCUCUCGCCCCGCGGCUCAUCCGGGCCCGCGCGUCUGUCAUCGCGCGGUGCUUCCGUCGCCCGGGAUGAUGACAACCCCUACUACGUCGGCCUUAAGAGGUGCGCCGAGGAUCCUUACCAUCACUCGUCCAAUCCCCGUGGCUUCAUGCAGCUCGGGUUGGCCGAGAAUUGGUUGUCGUUGGAUAUGAUCCGAGAUUGGUUGGUCGGUAAUGUAAAGGAGCCAUUGCUGUUAGAUGAGGAAGGAGAGUUGAGUAUCCACGGAUUGGCGACGUAUCAGCCUUAUGAUGGAUUGAUGGAUUUGAAGAUGGCUGUUGCUGAAUUUAUGGGUCAAGUCAUGCAGGGAUCAGUUUCAUUCCAUCCAUCACAAAUUGUGUUAACUGCAGGUGCUACUCCUGCAGUUGAGACACUAAGUUUCUGUCUGGCUGACCCUGGAAAUGCAUUUCUUGUUCCAUCACCUUAUUACCCUGGGUGGGAUAGGGAUAUCAAGUGGCGAACUGGGAUAGAACUUAUUCCUGUUCCUUGCAGAAGCACCGAUAACUUCAGCAUAAGUAUCGCUGCUCUUGAACUAGCAUACAACCAAGCAAAGAAGCGAGGUGUGAAAGUUUGUGCUGUUCUUGUCUCUAACCCCUCCAACCCAGUUGGUAAUCUAAUAGAUCGGGAAACACUAUAUGAUCUUCUGGACUUUGUCAUGGAGAAAAACAUACAUCUGAUUUCAGAUGAAGUCUUUGCUGGAUCAACAUAUGGGAAUGAUAGAUUUGUAAGUGUGGCUGAAGUUCUAGAUUCAGAAAACUUUGAUAGGAGAAGAGUUCAUAUAAUAUAUGGACUGUCAAAAGAUCUUUGUGUUCCAGGCUUUAGGAUCGGGGUCAUCUACUCUUACAAUGAAAAUGUCCUGGCUGCUGCGUCAAAGCUGGCCAGGUUCUCAUCCAUUUCGACUCCUACCCAAUGUUUACUUAUUUCAAUUCUCUCGAAUACAAAAUUCAUUACAGAAUAUCUCAAGGUAAACAAGGAGCAGUUAUGUGACAUGCAUGCCUUAUUUGUUGAUGGACUGAAACGGUUGGGUAUCAAGUGUGCUAGUAGCAGUGGUGGGUUCUAUUGUUGGGCAGACAUGAGUAUGUUUAUUCAAUCAUAUAAUGAGAAAGGGGAGCUUAAGCUGUGGGAUAAGCUGUUGAAUGAAGCUAAGAUUAAUGUGACACCUGGGUCAUCAUGCCACUGUAUUGAACCUGGAUGGUUUAGAUGUUGCUUCACAACAUUGACAAAGCAGGAUAUUCCUAUAGUUAUGGAAAGGAUCCACAGAAUUACUGAGAGCAACUAAGUUGUUGAAUUUUCAGAAUUUCCAUCUUCAGCUUGCAUUUUUUGAUAACUUAUGCAUGUGGCUCUCUGUUUGAAGAAGUGCAUUCCAAAAGUCGGAUGGCAAGAACUAAUUCCCAUUGGCAUUCAAUAGUAAAUAUAUAUAUUUUCAGUUUAAGAUUCGACCACCAUAGAUCUUUGAGUUCCCACUGUUACUGAAAGCUGGGACUAUAUCACAACAAACUUUGAGAGCUGGAUAGAAAGGUUAGUGUUGAAAUUUUAAGACAGUUAUGAACCCUUUGGUUGAGAGGCUCGAGUAAGCUCCUUGAUAUCAUAUGAUGUGGCUUCUAACCUUUGGGUUGCUUGAUGGUGCACUUCUUGCUCUGGUUUGUUAAAGGACAAUAUAGAGCCUCCAUAUUCCUGUUGCUCCCUGUUAAAAUUAAUUUGGGAUGCUAGUUGUCUAGCGGCAGAGGUAUAUUCAGAUUUCUCUCUCUCUCUCUCUCUCUUUUCUUUUUUUUUGGUACUAGUGGGGGAUGUCCACUGAAAUGCAAUUUUUUUUUGGUCUUGUUAUAACAUUUGUUGUAAUCUUCUCCACUACUUUAAGUCUCAGCUAAACAGGACCUAUGCCCGUGUAUCAAGUUGUAACAGCUCUUAAAGCAAAAUAUUGCUUAUUCUAAGCUUUUGAUUUGUUUUACUA